AUGACAUCCGCAGUGACCCAUCGAGUGCGCAAUAGUCAGAUCAUCUCGCUUGUCGGCUACAGCGUCUUGUGCUCCUUCUGCGUGCUGCUGCUCGCGUAUCUGCGCGUGAACCGCCAUGUCGCCUUCAAAGGGAAUGCCCAAGCCACCCGCAAAGUCAUUCUACCAGCGUUCGAGCCAUUGUUGUGGAUCCUCGCCGUGUUCACGGGUGCCUUCGUGGUUUUCUUCUUCAUCGCGCUGAACGUGGAGCUAUACACCACCAACUUUCCCGCCAUCCACAGCGAGGUCUUCUACGCCGGUCGACAGUUCGUCUUCGUGCUGGCACUCGUCUUCCUGUGUCAGAAGAGCGUCUCGGUACCCGCACUUCGCCGCGCUGUCGCCAAAUCCAUUUUGCUGGCGUCGUACACGAUCCCCAUAGUGUGGCUUCUCACUCACUUCCUUCCCGACGAGACGACCAUAUUCUACUUCAUCAGGCUCAUCAUUCGUCCAACGCUGUUGAUCUUCGUCGUGUACGUGUGCUUCGUCAACCCGCCGGCAGGUAGAGCGAGCCCACUGGCGCUACGAAUCCACGGCGGGUACAUCAUAGUCUACCACGUUCUCAUCAUCAUCAACACUCUACUCCAGAACUACGCGUCCGAAUCGGGCUCGUUCGCAGCAGCAUCGUACAUGGUGUUGGCAUGGGGGUCAUUGAGCCCACUCUUCAUUUGGAGUUUGCUGCGAGCCGAUACCGAAUACUGGAGGGGUAUGGGCGAGCGUGCGUGCGGGAUUCAGCAAGCAGGCAGUCAAUCGGGGCCGACGCAUUUGGACGAAACCAUCUCGUCGAGUAGAAUCCACACGUUGAUUGAAAUGCACCGAGACUUCCUCAUCGACUUCGCGCAUCUGGAGCUUCGUCGCAAAAUUGGAGCGGGAUCCAGCGCUGCCGUGUAUAGCGGUAAGCUACGACAGCGCAAACCGGUGGCAGUCAAAGUGUACACGCCGACUCGUUUCACGGAAGAGGUCGUAGCUGAAUUUUCGCACGAAGCAGCGCUUUGUGCCUCAUUGCGCCACCCAAACAUCGUCAAGUUCUUCGGGAUGUGCGUCUGCCCUCCGACUAUUUGCCUUGUAUCCGAGCUAUGCCAAGGUUCACUGGAGGAUGUCCUGUACACACAAGCCAAGAAACGUUCCAAGCGCCGGGUAACUCGGUACUUACUAGACCUCGAGGGUGACGUCGCGGAUAUCGAAGCUCUUGACCGGCAGCAAAUUGUCCUGAACAUCGCGUACAUGCUCGACUGCGCUCGCGCUGUCGCCUACGUCCACAGUUUCACCCCGCCGUUCCUGCACCGCGAUAUCAAACCUGCCAACUUCCUGGUAGACAACGAAAGCACCGUCAAGCUCACAGACUUUGGCGAUUCUCGGCGUCUACCACGUGGACUGCCCUCAAGAACUGAAAACACCAAGGCUGAUGAGCCACAGACUUCAAUUGGAACCCUAGCUUCCACCGAUUCUCCAAACCCCACCACCCCGCUGCCAGCUCCUCCACAAAUCAAAAUGACAGUCACCGGCACCUUAAGCUACAUGCCUCCGGAGAUGAUCGGCUGUAGAACGGGAUUGGCGACGUACGGUGAAGCGGCAGACGUGUACUCGUUAGCCAUCACGUUCUGGGAUAUCUUGUAUCCAGAUCGCGAGAAGUACCCGGUCUCGAAUCCAAUGCUCGUGUUCGAGGGCGUCUUGAAUGGUUGUCGUCCACCGCUCGAAGACACCGACCCGACAGACCCCGACGAAGCGUUUAACCCAAAGCUGCGAGAUAUAAUCACAUCGGCAUGGCACAGCGACCCCAGCAUGCGCCCAACAAUGCCACAAAUUGUUGCUGCGCUCGAGUCAAUUCAAGAAGACCUGUUGUCCGUGUUGGCUCAGGAAUUGAGCGACGACUUCGUUCGAUCCGGUACCGGGUGCCACGUAAUUCCCAUGGAGAAAUGUUUCACGGGUGAAUUCAUGGUUGAGCGCUUGGAAGAUCUUGAGGUGAUCGACGCGCGCGGCGAAGGUGUACGGCUGGGUCGUGCAUUGAUGGACGCUGGCUUCUUGCAUCAUCUUCGCCACGAACGGGGUUUUGAAGAUUCCAACUCGAUGUACUUUUUCGACAACAACAACAUCAAUUUGUGCCAGCCGCUGGCUAUGCUAGAAGAGGCAUCAGGAACCUCGCCCGAAUCGGACGACGAACCUUACCCUCACCAGCCCGCGUCAAUGCAAUCCCGAGCCAAUUCCAAGCCUUCCAGACGUUCGAGACUGUUUUCCCACCUGACCCCCACGUUUUCCACAAGCGGUCACCACUCCUCGGGAACUGAAAGUGCUGCCGGGGCAGCACAAGCAGGUGCUUGUGCGUGCCGUCUGCGUGGAAGAAGACAAAAUGUGCCGAGUACGCAUGGCCAUGACCGGCAUCACAAGCAACGUCGGGGAUGGCGAAGAAGCCCAUCUCGACAGCGACUCGAAUCUGCUGGCAGUAGUAGCUGCUGCAGUAACGAAGGCAACGCAAGCUUCGUACUCUCGCCGAAGAGGUGGAAACGGAAGUCGAAGGGCAAGAAGGGGAAUCCACUCACACAUAAACUACUGGAUGAAGCUCAGGACCACACGAUCGACAUUGUCGAUGAAGAAGUAAUGGAGUCGCUCUCACUCGUACGGCCAGCGGCCUAG